AUGGUUCGAGCACCAGCGCGUGGUCACCAGGACGACCAAGUUCGCCAUCCUAGGGAUGUCGCUCUCCUCCUUACUCGACAUCAACAACCUGCAAGACUUCCUGAAAGCAAUGAUCAACCUGUUGUACGAGUUCAAGUGCAUCCCGAACAACAACUUCAAGCCAAAGAUCAGCAGUCUCUCCGUGCGUCUUCCCAGCCUUAUUCCCCCAAAUGA